CCAAGUUCUGGACGUUGAAACCGCUUUGUCGUGAGCCUCAAUCUUUUUUAUAAAGCAAGACAGAGAACGCCAUCUAGACAGGGAUCAUAGGGACGUCUUUGUGUUGUUUCUUUUUCAACUCGCAAACUAUUUUACCUUCUUUAGUCUUCGAUCUCCUCGGUCUCCUCUGAACGCAAACGCAAACGCAAACGCAAACGCAAACGCAAACGCAAACACACUCGUCUCAAAUUUUCGACCCCAUCAUGGCUCCCAACGGCUUAGACGCAGCAGAGGCUCAAUGGCGUGCUCAGUUUGAAGCCAUGAAAUCUGCCUUGGCUGGUCUGAAGUUACCCCCUUCCGACCCGUCGCCCCUGGACUUCGAUGAUGAGAAUGAGGGCUACUCAUCCGGCAAUACUGCGCAAGACGUCUGGGAUUUCAUCUCAGUUGACGACGAAGACGAUUAUAGUAGCGACUAUCUUGAUGCCCCGGAUGUUGGUCCCGAUGGAGAUGCCCCUUAUGGUGCGGAAUGGUUUGUGAGCAAAUGCUCCGCCCUUGCUAUGAAGAAUGGCCUCUCCAGUGACUCCUUGCAAAAUCAAAUUAUUGGUGUUUUGACAGCGGAACAAGGAGACGAUGGACUCCAAUCUCAGCUCACUGAUCUUGUUGGCCUGGAUGACCUUGACUUCAUUAUCGAACUUCUGGCACACCGAUCCGAGAUCGUCACAGCGGCCACUUCUCGGCAAAUCUCUGUACCAGAACAUUCCGCCAGUAAGAGGAUUCUUACCAGAGAAGAGAGAGAGGAGGCUUUGAGGAUGCAGGACUACGAGCAUAAAAACGCCGCCCUUGCGCCUAGGUUUGCCCGAGAACCCCAGUACCCCCACGUCUUCAAGGCCCACGAUGCUGGCAAUAGCCUGAGCCAUUCCGGUCGUAAAUAUGCCCUGCCACAAGGCAGCGAGAGAAAAUUAUUUGACAAAUACGAGGAGUAUUCCAUCCCGGCUGGGAAGAAAACUGGCCUUGCACCGGGCCAAACGCUUGUCAGGAUAGCCGACAUGGAUGGCUUGUGCCGGAACACUUUCAAGGGCUACAAGACGCUCAACCGCAUGCAGAGCUUAGUCCACUCUGUGGCCUACAGGACCAACGAGAACAUGCUCAUCUGCGCUCCCACUGGUGCUGGUAAAACGGACGCCGCCAUGCUCACCAUCUUGCAAACCAUCGGGCAUUACUGCACCCCCAAUCCCAUAGAGGACACGGCUACCACCGAGUUUGCCGUGGACAUGGCCGACUUCAAGAUCGUCUACGUUGCUCCCAUGAAGGCGCUGGCGGCUGAAGUCACCGAGAAGCUCGGGACGCGCCUGGCCUGGCUGGGGAUCAAGUGCCGCGAGUACACGGGAGAUAUGCAUUUGACCAAGUCGGAGAUUGUGCAAACCCAAGUCAUCGUAACCACCCCCGAGAAGUGGGACGUUGUCACGCGCAAGGGCACCGGCGAUACCGAGUUGGUGCAGAAAGUCAGGCUGCUGAUCAUUGACGAGGUGCACAUGCUCCACGACGAGCGAGGUGCUGUCCUCGAGUCUCUUGUCGCGAGAACCGAGCGCCAAGUCGAGAGCACCCAAUCCCUCAUCCGUAUUGUCGGUCUCAGUGCGACAUUGCCAAACUACAUCGACGUGGCCGACUUUUUGAAGGUGAACCGCUACAUGGGCCUAUUUUACUUUGAUGCAUCGUUUCGACCUGUCCCCCUGGAACAGCAUUUCAUCGGUGUCAAGGGGAAGGCGGGCUCGAGACAGUCCAAGGACAACCUGGACACCGUCGCCUUCGAGAAGGUAAGGGAGAUGCUUCAGCAUGGCCAUCAGGUCAUGGUAUUCGUCCAUUCGCGACGUGACACCCUCCUCACCGCCAAGAUGCUUCACCAAAAGGCGACCGAGGAUUUCUGCGUGGACCUCUUCGACCCGUCUGGGCAUCCCAACUACGAUAAUGCUCUCCGAGACAUGAAGUCCUCCAAGGCGAGGGAUCUGCGCGAGUUGAUCCCCAAGGGACUGGGUGUUCACCACGCCGGCAUGGCUCGGUCCGACAGGAACCUCAUCGAGCGUCUCUUUGGCGAAGGCGUUAUCAAGGUCCUCUGCUGUACAGCAACCCUUGCCUGGGGUGUUAACUUGCCUGCCGCCGCCGUCGUCAUCAAGGGCACGCAGGUGUACAGCGCGCAGGACGGCAAGUUCGUCGAUCUCGGUAUCCUGGACGUACUCCAGAUCUUCGGCCGUGCCGGUCGCCCGCAGUUCGAGGAUGUCGGUAUCGGUAUGAUCUGCACCACUCACGACAAGCUUCACCACUACCUCACGGCAGUCACAGAACAGCAGCCCAUCGAGUCCAAGUUUUCGUCCAAGCUGGUCGACAAUUUGAACGCGGAAAUCGCGCUGGGCACUGUCACUUCGAUCCCCGAGGCGGUGCAGUGGAUCGGAUACUCGUAUCUGUUCGUCAGGAUGCAGCGAAGUCCUAUGGCAUACGGCAUCGAAUGGGCCGAGAUUCGGGAUGACCCGACCCUGGUCCAGAGGAGACGGAAGCUCGCCAUCCAGGCUGCGAGGACGCUGCAGCAGUGCCAGAUGAUCAUCUUCAACGAGGUAACUGAAGAGCUGCGCAGCAAGGACAUUGGCCGUAUCGCCAGCCAGUACUACAUCCUCCACACCAGCAUACAGGUUUUCAACACCAUGAUGCAGCCCCAGGCCACCGAGGCCGACGUCCUCAAGAUGAUGAGCAUGAGUGGCGAGUUUGACAACAUACAAUCCAGAGACACCGAGAGCAAGGAGUUGUCUCAUCUCAGGGACAACGUCCCUUGCGCCGUGGACGGCGGCAUCGACACUCCUCAGACCAAGACCAACAUCCUGCUUCAGGCCUACAUCUCGAGGGCACAGCCCGAGGACUUUGCUCUUGGCAAUGAUCUUAACUACGUGGCUCAACAGUCUGGUAGGAUUUGCAGAGCGCUCUUCAUGAUCGCGCUCAACCGAAGAUGGGGCCACCAGUGCCUCGUUCUCCUGACCCUAGCCAAGUCCAUCGAGAGGCGCAUAUGGCCCUUCCAGCACCCUCUCCAUCAAUUUAACUUGCCUAAGCCCGUACUCAACAAUCUCGAUUCAAAGGACUCCCUGUCCGUUGAGGCCAUGCGGGACAUGGAACCGGCAGAGAUUGGCGGGCUCGUGCAUAACCAUGGGGCCGGUAAGACGAUUGCAAAGAUCCUCAACAACUUCCCGACCGUCAGUGUCGAGGCCGAGAUUGCCCCCCUGAACCGUGACGUGCUGCGAAUCAAGCUGUACAUCACCCCGGAUUUCCGUUGGAACGACCAAAUCCACGGAACGUCCGAGUCGUAUUACAUCUGGGUAGAGAACUCCGAGACGUCCGAGAUCUAUCAUCACGAGUUCUUCAUUCUUACCAGGAGGAAGCUCAACGAUGACCAUGAGCUCAACUUCACCAUUCCCUUGUCGGACCCUCUGCCUACGCAAAUCUACGUGCGUGCCGUAUCAGACAGAUGGCUCGGUGCGGAAACCGUAACGCCCGUCUCGUUUCAGCAGCUCAUCCGGCCGGACACCGAAAGCUUCUGGACGGACCUGCUGGACUUGCAGCCUUUACCCGUCACGGCCCUCAAGAACCCUGCGCUGGAGGAGAUCUAUGGCCAACGAUUCCAAUUCUUCAACCCCAUGCAGACGCAGAUCUUCCACACACUCUAUCAUACGCCGGCCAAUGUACUCCUGGGAUCACCGACGGGGAGUGGCAAGACGGUCGCUGCAGAGCUUGCUAUGUGGUGGGCUUUUAGAGAGCGUCCCGGUUCGAAGGUCGUAUACAUUGCCCCGAUGAAGGCUCUUGUACGAGAGCGUGUAAAAGACUGGGGUGCUCGACUCGCGAAACCGCUCGGGCUGAAGCUUGUCGAGCUGACUGGUGACAACACGCCCGAUACCCGGACCAUCAAGGAUGCCGACGUGAUCAUUACAACCCCGGAGAAGUGGGACGGAAUCUCUCGAAGCUGGCAAACCCGUGGCUAUGUGCGCCAAGUCAGUCUCGUCAUUAUUGACGAGAUCCAUCUCCUCGCCGGCGACCGAGGUCCUAUCCUGGAGAUUAUCGUCUCUCGAAUGAAUUACAUUGCCGCAUCGACCAACAACACGGUCCGUCUCUUGGGCAUGUCCACAGCCUGUGCCAACGCUACGGAUCUAGGCAACUGGCUCGGUGUAAAGGAGGGCGGGCUCUUCAAUUUCCGCCAUUCUGUUCGACCGGUUCCUCUUGAGAUCUACAUUGACGGCUUCCCCGAGGUUAGGGGCUUCUGCCCGCUGAUGCAGUCCAUGAAUAGACCGACUUUCCUCGCCGUCAAAACCCACAGUCCCGACAAACCCGUUAUCGUCUUUGUGCCUUCUCGUCGGCAGACCCGUCUCACUGCCAAGGACCUCAUCAACCUGUGUGGCAUGGAGGACGAUCCCCGCCGGUUCCUCCAUAUGAACGAAGACGACCUUCAACUCAACCUGACUCGAGUCAAGGACGACGCGUUGAAGGAGGCCAUAAGUUUUGGUAUCGGACUCCAUCACGCCGGCUUGGUCGAAUCGGACCGCCAGUUGGCCGAAGAGCUGUUCCUCAACAACAAAGUCCAAAUCCUCAUCGCGACGAGUACCCUCGCCUGGGGUGUUAACUUGCCGGCACACCUGGUCGUCGUCAAGGGAACACAGUUCUACGACGCCAAGAUCGAGGGCUACAGAGACAUGGACCUGACUGACGUGCUACAGAUGAUGGGACGAGCCGGUCGGCCGCAGUUUGACAAUUCAGGGGUGGCACGUAUCUUCACCCAGGAUGCGAAGAAGGAUUUUUAUAAACAUUUCCUGCACAAAGGCUUCCCCGUCGAAUCGUCGCUCCACGCCGUGUUGGACGACCAUUUGUGCGCCGAGGUGUCGGCCGAGACCGUCGUCACUAAACAGGAUGCUCUGGACUAUCUGACAUGGACCUUCUUCUUCCGCCGGCUGCACAAGAACCCGUCCUACUACGGUCUGGAAAUCACGGCGGAGGACCACAACAGCGUCACUGCGCAGCGCCUCGCCAACGAGUUCAUGAUCGACAUGGUCGACAAGUCGCUGGCAGAGUUGGCCAAGUCGAAGUGUGUCGAGGUCUACCCCAAUGGCGACGUCGAUUCGACACCGCUGGGUAAGAUCAUGUCCUACUACUACCUCUCGCACAGGACGAUACGAUACCUCGCCCGCCAUGCCGCGCCGCGGGCAUCCUUCUUCGACGUGCUCUCCUGGAUGUCCCGGGCGGCCGAGUACGACGAACUGCCCGUCCGCCACAACGAGGACCUCAUCAAUGCCGAGCUCUCCCGAAACCUCCCAUUGCCCGCCACCAACUUCGGCCUCCCCAUGUGGGACCCUCACGUCAAGGCCUUCCUCCUGCUACAAGCGCACUUCUCCCGCGUCAGCCUUCCCAUAUCCGACUACAUAGGUGACCAGACGUCCGUCCUGGACCAAGCCAUCCGUAUUAUUCAGGCUUCCAUCGAUGUCUUCGCCGAGCUAGGCUACUUGUCCUCGUGUUUGCAGAUGGUGACGCUGCUGCAGUGCGUCAAAUCGGCCCGCUGGCCCACCGACCCCCCUGCGUCCAUCCUCCCUGGGUUCGACUUGGACGACGCCGCCUCGAAGGAGGAUGACAAGAAGAAGUCGAUCCCGCUCGCGACCAUCAGCGCCACGCCGAACGAGAAGCUCUCACAGCUCGCCGCCGGCCUGGGUGUCCCGCGAGCCAAGCACGCGGGGUUCUCCAAGGCCGUAGCGGCGCUCCCCAACGUGGCAGUCUCCGUCCCCGACGGUUCGGUCACUUCCCAGGGCCUCUCCGUCGAGCUGCGUCGCCUCAACCGCCUGACGGAGCGUGAUGCGCGCAUCUUUGCCCCUCGCUUCCCCAAGCCGCAAACCGAAGGCUGGUUUGUCAUCGUGGGUGAUGUUGCCAACGACGAGGUCAUGGCCGUCAAACGCGUUGGCUGGGGUUCGGGAGCCUAUCGGGGGCGAAAUGAUCAAGGGAAGAAGGGAAAGGCUGGCGUAGGACGAGGUGGGGCGAGAGGAAGAGGAGGAAGAGGAGGAAGAGGAGGAAGAGGAGGAGGAGGUGGAGGGCGUAUUGGUGGUGACGGUGGUAGUAGUGGUGGCGGUAAUGCCGGGGGAGAAGGAGGUCUCCUGGUAGGCGCCAGGCCUACAGCGAGAACGACCAUAAAACUCCCCGAGAGCGUUCAGGGGCGCAAGCUAGACGUCUUGGUUGUUAGCGACGCGUACAUCGGGCUCGAGUACCGUGUGAGGGGCUUAGAUAUUCCGGUGCCGCCGACUGUGGACGAUGAUGUGGACAAGGAGAAGGGCAAAGGUAAAGCCAUCGUAGAUGGUGCUGCGGGAGGAUCGGGGUCGGUUUGAGGCUGCUUGCUACAAAAAUGUCUUACAAUUCAGGGAGGAGGGCCGGGUUUACGACAAACUGUAGGCCUUACGAGAUGAUUUAAAAACGCCCCGACACGACAAUGCAAGCACGGCGUCUAGGAUGCUUAGCCGAUGAUACACAGCUGAAUCUGGCCCCG